AUCCGUCGCAUGGCUUCAUUCAUUCAGCACGGAGGAAAGCAGACUCCGUCCUGAUCGCGAAGACUCAACACUGAAUUUUAUUCUUAAAUAUUACUGAAACACCUUUUCUUUCUUUCCUUUUUUUUUUUUUGCUACACUGCCUGAAAAUUAGCAGCAGGAUCAGCGUAAGAUUGUGAAUACAAGUGCAGAGACGGAGAAGACUAUCCAGUGAAGAAGUGUCUGAUGACUUCCAUCCACGUCCUCUGCUGAGACCUGGUCCCACAGCCGCACAAAGAGUCCUCCACUAUGGUGUCCUCACCAAACUCCCCGUGGCUGAAGUACAUGUCCCUGGGGGUGCUGGUGGUGCAGACCGCCUCGCUGGUGCUCACCAUGCGCUUCUCCCGAACCCUGAAGGAAGACGGCCCCCGCUACCUGGCCUCCUCUGCUGUCGUGUCGGCUGAGCUGCUCAAGAUUUUCACCUGCACCCUCCUGGUCUUCAGGGACAACAAUUUCAGGCUGCGGGAAAUGAACCAGCUGCUACGGGAGGAGAUUGUGAACAAGCCCAUGGAGACCAUGAAGCUGGCUGUUCCUGCAGGGAUCUACACACUGCAGAACAAUCUGCUCUAUGUUGCCUUAUCCAACCUGGACGCCGCCACCUAUCAGGUCACGUACCAGCUGAAGAUCCUCACCACGGCUCUGUUCUCCGUCUCCAUGCUGGGGAAGAGGUUGGGCUCCUACCAGUGGAUCUCUCUGCUUUUACUCAUGGCUGGAAUCGUCCUGGUGCAGUGGCCGACAGAGUCGGAAGGUGACUCUGAGAAAAAAGUCCUGUCUGCAAGCUCCCAGUUUGUGGGGCUGAUGGCCGUGCUGGUGGCCUGUGUGUCCAGUGGUUUUGCUGGGGUUUACUUUGAGAAGAUCCUCAAGGAGACUAAACAGAGUGUGUGGCUUCGGAACAUACAGCUAGGUGUGUUCAGCUUUGUGUUUGGCUUCGUGGGAAUGAUGGUGUAUGAUGGCGAGGCAGUGAGAGAGGCAGGAAUGUUUCAGGGCUACAACCUUGUUGCCUGCACAGUUGUUGUCCUACAGGCUAUGGGCGGGCUGAUCAUCGCCGUAGUCAUUAAAUAUGCAGACAACAUCCUCAAAGGAUUUGCCACCUCUCUGUCAAUCAUCGUGUCAACGGUGAUUUCGUAUUUCGUGCUGAAGGACUUCAACCCCACUGGGCUAUUUUUCUUCGGAGCCGUGCUGGUUGUUGCUGCCACAUUUCUUUACGGCUACGAGAGCAAACCUGCUGGUGUCAGCACCGCCAAAAUGUAGCCGGAGCCUUCCGUGGACCGUGGCGCCUGACAGAAGAGAUUGCAGGAUGCGAGGAAAUACAAAAGUCAUCAAGAGCUGCCAAACGGUUGUGUGAGAUCGGGCCCUGAUGCGUCUCUGGGGAAAAAAAUGCUGCUUUGCACAAAAGAUGGGGCAAAUACUGUGAAAUACAUUUGCUUGCUAAAGUCUUUCUCAUAAAAUACUAAGAGAAGUGCAGAGGAGCUAAGUUGCCAAGUCAACACACACUGGCGCAGCAAAACGAACCGACGGUGCAAUUUAAAGGAGCCAGAAGGAGACCGUGAUCAAGCUACGGCCUCACAGAUGUUUCCAAGCUGAUAUCUCAUGUGUUUAAAUUGUGUGUUUACGUGGGAUGUGGGAUAAAUGGGGACGGGGCAUUGACCAAAAAAAAAAAAAACUUUUAUCUGUGACACAGCCUCCACCUAGUGGUGGAAUGAGGAGCCAGCUUGCUGCAGAGAGGAGGGGUUACCUA